AAAGAGCGCUAGCCGGCGUUAACCGAAUGCGUCAGCUGCACUGUAAGCCCGACGUCCGGUGCCACAACACCGUGGUCUCUGCCCUGUGCCGUGCCGGGGAUUUCAAAAAGGCGAGGUUCUUGCUGAACCAGAUGGAGCUCCCGGGUGCGAGAUGCCCGCCCGAUCCGUACACUUACACGAUUUUCAUCGGGUUCUACUGUAAGAUGAGCUUGCAGACCGGGUGCAAGAAGGCGAUCAGGCGGAGGAUUUGGGAGGCGAAUCGUAUGUUUCGGCAUAUGCUGUUCAAAGGGUUCGAGCCCGAUGUUGUUACCUACAAUUGCUUGAUUGAUGGGUUGUGUAAGAGUUAUAGGAUCGAGCGUGCCCGUGAACUGUUUGACGAAAUGCUUGUGAGAGGGUGUUUGCCAAAUAGGGUGACUUACAAUUCCUUUGUCAGGUACUAUAGUGUUGUUAAUGAGGCUGACAAGGCUAUAGAGAUGAUGAGGAUGAUGGUUUCUAAGGGGCAUGGGGUUCCGACUUGUAGCUCCUAUACUCCGGUUAUACAUUCAUUGUGUGAGGCUGGGAGAGUGAGGGACGCAAGGGAUCUUCUCGUGGAGAUGGUUGAUGGUGGGUCGACGCCGAGGGAGUUCACGUAUAAAUUGGUUUGUGAUUCUUUGAGGAGGGAAGGUGAAGCGGGUUUGUCGAUGGAGUUGCAAAGUAGAAUUGAGGGUGAUAUGGAUGCGAGAUAUAAGAGAGUUAUGAAGGUGAAGCCUAUAAUGAGGGGAAGAAAAAUAUUUAUUGAACAAGAUACACGACUUUAAAUGCAUGUUGCUGACAAUUUAGUUACUGCCAUCUGAUUUGUGACUCGUUUUUUCACCCUGGCUGCUUUGUAUUACGUUAUCUUCUAAAAUAAACUUGAUAAGGCCAUUGAGAUGAAGAAGAAGAUGAUGAUGAGUUUCGAGGAUCCACAGAGUGGUCUUUAGUUCUUUUCUGAUCAUUUCACUUGUAAGUGAGACUAGAAGUCUGAGAGGAGCACAUUUUUCUUAUGGAGAUACUCGAUGAGCAGAAAUAGCCCGAUAGAGCUUUUAGAAGCUGGUUUUCAUUACAGUAACUGGAAAAGUUUCGCAUGAUCUGUGAAGAAAAUAGAGGGAUGCACAUUCGUGUAUAGGAAUGUGAUGGCUUCGACUAAGAUGAAGUGGAUUGUUUGUUUCAGUACACAGGUAGUUGGUUAUGUUAGACGUAUGAUGUGAUGCUCAGGUCUCUCACUAAGGCAAUUUAGGCGAGCACUGCUACAUGUAUGUAUCCUUAAAUUCAUAUUCUUCUAAAACACAAUUCUUUCUUCUGCAUGUAUGUCGUUCUGCGUAAAAGUAACCGAGUAUGAUAGUG